GCCUCUGCCUCCCAAGUGCUGGGAUUAAAGGUGUGUUCCGCCACCACCACCACCACCCGGCUUAGUCAACCUCCUGUCUUAAAGGACAAUGUGGACGAAUUCUGAGGAAUGGUACCCAACGGGAUUGACUUCUAGCAAUGCUUCCAUACACACACACACACACACACACACAGGAGUAAACAAUCAAACAAUCAUGAUUCAGUUAUCUUGUCAUAAUCUUCUCUCUUUUUUUUUUUUUUAUGCUGUUGAACCUGCCCUACCCUCUGGAAGUCAGGUCUCUGUAUAUUUCUGUGAGGAAAGAAUGUAUCUAGAUCUCCUUGCUGUCACUGAGAGGAGGACCAGGGGAGGUGAGGGCAUGAACCUAUGCUAGCACACCAUGGGUAGUACUCACAGCCAACUUCUAUGGGCUGCAUCAAACCCUGCUUCCAGUGCUUUAUAUGAACUGCCCCAGUUAGUUCUAACAAUUCCCUGAGUAUAUACUUUUAUUUCCACUUUACAGAGACGCAAGGUUUGAGGAGAGGAACUAGUUUUGUUCAAUGGUCAUUGGAAAAAGAACCGGGGCCUUUGUACUGCAGGAUAAUACUGUGAAUACCACUUCAUAGCUCUUCCAUGCAGGGGACAUUAAACAUCUAUUCAGGGAUGGCAAGAUGACUCAGUGGAUAAAAACCUAUGAGCUGAGUUCAACCCUGGAGCCCAGAUGCUGGAGGAAGAGAAUCAACUCCUGCAGCAUGUCAGUGGGCAGGAUCACCUGGAGGAGAACUUAGGAGUCAGUGUCAGCAUUAUGGUGGCUCAGUUUCUUCAGGAUGCAGCUUAUGACCAAGUCCAAACCAUAGCUAAAGAGCUGCUGAAUCUUGCUGAAAAGUGUAAGCGUCUCAAACGUGAGUCACCCUCAGAGUGUGCUCAUCAACUGGUGGCUGCCUUCCUUACACACAUUUGCAACAACCAAGGCCUGCUGAAUAGUCAUGUGUUCACUGACUGUUGUAAGAUGAAAACUGCAGCAAGACUCAGGUGCUUCCUGUCUUACAAGAAAGACGACGCAGACAGCCAUGAUACACCCCUGAUUCCAAGGCCUGAACUGACCUGUGAGGUGGCUGAGGAGAAUAAUGUGUCCCUGAAGGAGAGGUUCAGCUAUGAAAUAUCUAGAAGACACCCAUUCUUAUAUGGACCCACUAUCUUGACCAUGUCUGCUUGCUAUGAGACAGCUGUUCAGUCAUGUUGUCAAGAAGAGAAUAAAACAGAGUGCCUGCGGACAAAGCUAGAACCCAUCAGAAAAUACAUUAGAGGAAUAUCUGCAAGACAUCAUCACUUAUGUGAAAUUGGCACCAAAUUCAAUGAGAAAGUAGCAAGUGCAGUAGAGUUGAUUCUACUCACCAAAAAGCAACCUCAAGCUAAUUUUCCUGAAAUCGCCAAAUUGACCAUGGAUGUUAAAAAUCUGCAUGAGACCUGUUGUGAGGGGAACACAUUAGCGUGUGCUCUGGGCAGGCGCCAGCUUAUGAGUUACACCUGCUCUAACCAGGCCAUCUUAUCCAGCAAGUUUGCUGAGUGCUGUGAACAACCAGAACCAUUCCGCGGGGAGUGCAUUAUCAACUCAGAAAAUGACGACAAGCCUGACCUUUCACCCCUGCUGCUCACAAGGUUUACAGAAGAUUGGUCUGUGUGCCAACAAUUCAGCAGCAACCAGGACAGCUUUCUACAGGAGUUUCUUUAUGAAUACUCAAGAAGACACCUGGAGUUGGCGGUUCCCGUGAUCUUAAGAGUCUUUGAAACAUACAAACGUGUAUUGGAGAAAUGUUGCAAGCUAGAAAACUCCUUGGAAUGCCACCAGCCUGGGAAAGAAGUGUUCCAAAAAGUGAUACUUGAAAGCCGUGACCACGUUAAAACUUACUGUGACUUACAGAAGCAGCUGGGCAGCAGCAGCUUCCAGGACAGGCUCACGGUGCUUUAUACUAAGAAAGCUCCGCAGCUGUCUGCCCAGGAGUUGGUGGUGUUCGUGAAGAAGAUGGCAGCGGUUGCCAGGGGAUGUUGCCCAUUAAGGGAUGAGCUGCAGUUGGCUUGCGUGGAGGACCAGACAAAGCUGAUUCUUGGAGAGCUGUGCAGAAGACACGGUGGGAAGCCUGUCAAUGCAGGAGUGGGCCACUGCUGCGACGACUCCUAUGCCUUCAGAAAGCCAUGCUUUGAUGACCUGCGAGUCGAUGGCACUUACAUCUCUCCACCUUUAUCUUGUGACCAAGCCAUUAGUCUUGAAGAGGACUUGUGCCAAGCUCAGGACGAGGAACUCCAAAUGGAAAAGCAGAAGCUCCUCAGCACCCUGGUGAAGCAGAAGCCCCACGCAGCAGAGGACGUGUUCCGUUCCAUUGGCGAGAAUUUUGUUCAACUGGUGGAGAAGUGCUGCCAGGCACAGAGGAGAGACGUGUGUUUUCAAGAAGAGGGACUUCAACUGAUCACAAGGUGCCAGUCCCUCUUAGAGGCCAGCUCAUCCCAGAGUCGGUUGAUGUAGGAUCAUGGCUGAGAUCAGCGCUGUGGAAGGGGGCAGCUGACAGAGAGCCUUCUCAUUGGCUCAGCGCUGUUUCAGAACACUGGCCGGUCCACACCACCUUCCCUUUCCCCUCAGCAGAUGACAUAUGGACUCCCAGAUCAGCCCCCCCUCAGAGCUCUCCCACCUCACGGCCUGCCUCUCAAGGGCAGUGGCAGGGACAAGAACCUAAAGAACAUUCAAGGCCUCCAGACAGUUUACUGUGCGGCCACACUUCUCUGGGAACUGCUGCUGUCCCCACAGUGGAGGCUUCAAGGUUGACAUGGAGCAGUCUGUACUACUUCUAAGAGGGAAAGGCACGAAUAAAGUUAUCUUCAUGACUGGG